AUGUCUCUCAACAAGAAAUACGCCAAUCUGCCCGAUCUGGAUCUUGCGCCAGACGUCUACGAGACACCAGAUUUAACGGAUGGAGCGUCGACCGUGCCGACAGCCACCGUCCGCACCAACUCCGACUCGGACGAUGAGACGAACCCAGACAUCGACCGCAACAACCUCAACGCCGACGAGGCCAGGCUACACUUCCUUCGCGCCAGCGGUGUCAGCGCCCGCGACAUUGACUUCUCCGAUACCAUUGCCACAAAGCGACGAGCGUACAAGUCUCGGUCCGCGAAUCGAAGACGCCGCCAUGGUCACGAUGGCACAGAGGAAAUUGGAGACAUUAGCGACAGCGAUACCGACGGUCAGGAAUCGUUUGAACGCAAACUGGCUCGACUAAGGAGAGAGACCGAAGAAUUGAAUGCCGAGCUAAAAAGAAGAGAACAGCAAAGACAGGACAAGGGGGAUGGAGCGGAAGACGAGAAGGAGCAGGAGAUGAGGGAAGCAGAAGACGGGAUUCUCGAACUGAGCAAGGCUUUGGAUAACAUCCAUUACUCGUCUACACGGAUGAACAAGCCGUCCUCAGAUGCUGCUCUCUCGCGCAAAUUAGCAGGGGCUGGUCCGGAUACAUUGGAAAAGGACAAAAAGACGUCCUCUACCGAGAAGAGGGACACCUUGUCUGCACCAACGACAGCAUCGUUGGCGCCAUCGCCAUCAGGCCUUCUUGAGCAUGCGGCAUCCUUUGAUACCCGCCUUGCCUUGAUCGAGGCUUCAUUAGGCAUAUCCACCGGAUCGAAUCCAUUCUUCUCAACAACAGACACCCAACCACAGCUACGGCCCGUCUUACCAACUCUCGAGCAUCUCGCAUCACAACUGACCGCGUUGACGAGCACCCUCGGCGGGCCCCCUGCAACAUCCAAUGCUAUUUCCGCAACCGCCCCCUCUAUUACAACCACGGCACAGCUAGAAUCAUUAUCAUUGCGAAUCAAAAAACUCACAGCUGACGCAGAAAAUCUAGCCAGCUCGCGUCGACGCGCCAAUGAAGCCGCCGCCAGAGCGCACGCUGAUCCGACCUCCGGCGACGCCUUUGCAUCAUCCUCCAGUGCUACAGAACUAAACAUCGCGGAUGCUGCCGCAUCCGCGUCCUCAAACGAACAAGCAGCCAAAAUCCAGGCACUAUACGCGACACUACCCACUAUCCAAUCCCUGCACCCUCUACUCCCCAGCGUGCUCGAGCGUCUUCGCUCCCUCCGAGCAAUCCAUGCAGGCGCCGCACAGGCAAGCGAGACACUUGACGCGCUCGAAAAGGACCAGGCGGAAAUGAGCAAGGAGAUUGAGCAAUGGCGCGAGGGACUGAAAAUCGUUGAAGAAAAAGUCCGCGAAAGCGAGGUCGCCAUGAAGAAGAAUAUCGAAUAUGUCGGACCGUGGGUGGAUGACUUGAAGAAGAGGAUGGAUGAUUUAGAGAAGCAUCUGUAG